UGUUUAUUAAUUUAUUUAUUUGAUUACUUUGAAACCUAUAAAAAAUUGUUUGUUUAAUUAUUAAUUAUGUCAGAUAUUUAUUAGUAUAGUCAGAGCUAAAAGGGCUAGUAGCACGAUAAUUAUAACGAAGAUUUAUUAAGCGAAAGAGAAAUAUAAAAUAAUUUAGAUGAAUAAAAUUACUUUCAGCAUGAGAAUGAUAACGAAUUCACUUCAUAACAAGAAUAUUAUGAAAAUAUUUAAAAUUAUAAUAAUAUGCACAGUGAAUCAGAUAACAAUUAGAAAGUAAGAGACUAUCUUGAUUCUAAUUGCUAAUAGAAUAAGAAUGGUUUAAAUUAAAAUAACAGAAGCAAAUAAAAUAGCUUUUCAAGUAACUUAGAAAAGACUGUAAAUUUAAAUGCAAAUUACUAAAUGAGAACUCCAUUAACAACAACAAAUAGUUUAAGGGUUAGCUAAAAGGCAGCAAAAAACUAAGAUGAAGUUCUUACUCAAGGUAAAAGCAGCAAGUCUUUAUAAGAGUAAUUUAUAUAGCAAGAAUAACACCAAAAUAUGCCUUUUAGAAUAUCUGAAAAGAACCAAAAAAGUUAGAUUUAAAAAUUGGAGUCUUAAGAAAGUGAAAAUUAUCUUGUUUUUGACAAUAAUAAUCUCUUCUUUGUAAUUGGAGAGAUUUAUAAAAAAAUAUAAAAUGAUGGCUUGUUUCAGACUCUCAAGAGUGAUGAGACUUCUAGAGAAUAUUUGCAUUAUAGAGUAUAGGAAAUACUUUAAGAUUCUUAUGUGAAAUCUUUGAUUUAGACUCUCAAAGAAAUGCAAAGGUAGCUCAAUUAUCAAGUUGGUGAAAACAUCAGAUUACAAGAAAUAAUUGUAAACUAAGAAGAAAAAUAGUAAUAUCACAAUGAUUAAUUGCAAAGUUAUUAAUAAAAAUGUAGUUAACUUGAAGAUAUGUUAGCAGAUAUAUAGUAGAAAGAUGAAGAGAGAAGUAAGGAAAUUAGGUAGUUAUAUUUAGAGAGAAAUAACUCAGAAAAAUCUUUGCUUGAGAAAUAUGAGGCUCUUUAGGAGUAAAAUAAUAAACUAGAUAAGAAGAAUCAUGAGUUAUAGGUUUAAUUAUAAUAAUUAACAGAAAAAUAGUAAGAAACUGGAGAAGUUAAGAGUAAAUAUCAAGAAUAAGUAGUUUAGAGUUAAAUGAUGAAGAACGAAAUGGAAAAAUUGCAGCUCGAUAUUAUGUAAAGAGAACAAGAAAUAUUAAGGAUUUAAACUAAAUUGUAAGAUGCCAAUGAAAAAUAUGAAAAGGAUAUUGAAGAAAUUAAUUAGUUUUACGAAAAAGAACUGAAAUUAAUGAAAACAUAAAGAAAAAAAGAAAAAGAAAUGUAUGAAAAAAUAUUGGAGGAAAGAAAUAACUUAAAUAUUGUACAGAAUACGAGCUAGAGUAGCUAAUUUGAGUAAUUAAAUAACUAAAUCUAGGAAUUUUCAUCUAAGUUAUCAGAAUUAGAAGAUGAAAACCAACUUAUGAGACAAGAGUAUUAGAAUCUUUAGUCAAGAAUGUAAGAUAUGCAGGAAGUGCACAAAACAAAUAUUGAAUAACUAAAACUUUUACAUAAAUCAGAAAUUAAUGAUAUGAAGAAAAUAUAAGAAAAAAUAGAAUAACUUAACUCAGACUUGUAAAAAGAUUACUCGCUUCUAAAGUAAUCUAAACAAAUGAGCGAAGCAAGUAUGAAUGAAAAGCAUUAACUAGAAAAACAUCUAUUGAAUGACUAAAUUUCUAAAAUUUAGCUUGAACUUUAAACACUAAAACUACAAAAAGAGUCUUUUGGAAAAGAAAUAAUUGAAAUUACUCAAAUAUUAGAAAAAGAAAAGAGCGAAAAUUCAAAAUUGCUAUAUAGGAUUUAAAUUUUGUAAGAGAGAGAUUCGUAAGAUACUAAUUAGUUAAGGAGAAAGAUAGAGGAGCUUGAAAUUUUACAAAGAAAGAGUUAAAAAGAAAUAGAUUAAUUUGAAAUCGAAAGGGAGAAAAAUAAAAUGGAGCUUAGAGAGAAAGAUGAAUUAAUAAAAUAAAAAAAUAGCGAAUUCUAAGAGAUUAUUAAGAGGUUAUCUAAAGCUUAACAAAAAUUUGAAGAAAUUGAAAAGAGAUCAGCUGAAGUUUAAGAAGAAAAGAAUAAUUUAUAUAGAUUGCUAGAUUCGAAAAGUAAAGAAAUGAAGAGGUUAGAAGAUGAAACUCAAAAACUUCAAAAAUCUCUCUCAGGCUAGGAGAAAUCUUAAUUUACUUACGAGGCGACUAUUGCAUAGCUCAAUUAACAAAUUAAAUUGCUAAUUGAGUAAAAGGAUAAUAAAGCAAGUGAAUUGAAAAAUGUAAGUAAAGAAGUUAGGAGUGUUUAAAAAGAAAUGGAGAUAUGCAGAGAGAUGAAUAUCUAGAACUAGCAGAAACUACUUUAGCAUGAAGAAGAAGAGAGGAGACUAAGAGAUAUAGAAAUUUAAUAGAAAGAUGUUAUAAUGCAGCUAUCUAGUAGAGUAGAGUAAUUAGAAUUUGAAUUACUUCAUGUUAGAGAAGAGUAUGAUCAUAAGGAGAAUAUAUUUAAACAAUUUUAUGAAAAUUAAAUUGAGAAGAUGAAUUAAUAAAUAAGUGAAGGAAUUGCCAAACACUUGCAGGUAUAUGCUAAUUAAUCAAAUAGUUAGUUAAUACAGUUGCUCAAAGACAACCAAGUAGAAAUAUAAGAACAAGAAUCCUUGGUAAACAAACAAUUCGCAGAAAUUACCUACUUAAAAGAAAUGAAUUAGCAGCUAAAUAAUAAACUACUUUAACUAAUAUAAGCUAGAAAAAACAAUUAUUCACCUUCUUAAUAUGAGGCUAUUGUAAGAGAGAACUAACACCUUAAAGAAAUUAACAAAGGCAUUAAAUUGAAUUAAGAAGAGUCAACAAGUAAGCGCACAUUUGAUGAAAAUUAACCAGUGCAUUUGUCAUAUAAUUCAAUUCUAUCUCCAAGAAUUAGUGAAGUAGAUCCCUCAAAAAAAUCAAGUGAGUAAACAUCUCCUAGAGUUGAUAUACUUGGCGUUGCAAAAAAUUCAGAAGUAAACAAGAAAGCCUAAGCAGAAAGCAAAAUUAAAGAAGAUUUAUUGUAAGCAGUGUUUUAGAGACUUGAUAGUAUCUAAUAGCAUUUCAUAUAAGAAAUACACACCUUAAAUUAAGAUCAUCACUUGCAGUCAGAUGAAAUAAAACAGUAGUAUUCAAGGAUGAAAAAUAGCUAGGCUUAAGACAAAAAAACACAUAGCAUGCUGAAAUAGUAAUUUACAUAAAAAUUAGUUGAUGUAAGGCAGGUGUUAUAUGGUGAUAUAAAAGACACUUUGAUUAAUUACAGAAAAGAAUUGAGUUCCAUAAAAGAAUAUGCAAGCAAUAAUAACGUAUUAAAUAAAGAUGUGAUCAGCAACAUCAAUAAAUAAAUAAACUACAUAGAAUAAAUAGAUAAGAAGACAGAUUCUUCAAGCAAUUAGAGUCCUAACCAAGAUACAAGCAAUGGUGAAAACUCAUAAACACCUAUAAAUAAUGUUUCUCAGUUUAGUAAAUCAAACAGUAAUCCAAAACUAUCUCCUUAAAAUUAGUCAUACAACCAUUUCAAAAAUAACUCAAUCAAAUAAGAAAAAUAUUUAAAACAAUUCUCAAUAGAAGAGGAAAAUUCUUCUUUAUCUGAAAGCAAUUACUAAAACUAAGACAUAUUUAAUGAAGCUAAGCAGCCAUAACCAUCUAAUUAACAAUCCUUCAAAAAAAAAAUAUAAUUUUGA